GUCACGGCGGUGGUCUUGUUGUUUUAGCCGGAGCCGUCGUCCUGCUCCGUAAGGUCCGCGAAAGUCUCCCCGCCGUGAUGUAGCACACCUCCGGGGCCUCCACUCCGCUGCUGUGCCCGGUCCUCGUCGGUGAAAGCGGCCCGGGGAGCGCUGGUAGCUCCGGGGCGCCGGAGCAGCUGAAGCUAGCGCCGCUGGCGGAGCGGGCGAUGAGCGGCGGCUCGCCGUGCUCUGUUCGGCCGCGGCUCUCCGACCUGCUCGGCCUCCUGUGAGCGGAGCCGGGCGGUGAACCCCGGCGGCCGUCCUCCUCCUCCUCCUCCGCCUCCUCCUCCUCCGCCUCCUCCUCCGCCGCCGCCGCCGCCUCCAUGCUGUCCGCUGAGAUGUGGCAGAUCGUGGGGCUCAUCCUGCUGGUCAUUGUGGCCACGGUGGUCUGCGCGCUGCUCUUCAUGAUGUUUGGUUGGUAUGUCGUCUGGCAGCUCUUUCUGUCCAAGUUCAAGUUCCUGCGGGAGCUGGUGGGGGACGCCAGCACCCCGCAGGCCGAGUCCCAGCCGUCCCAAACCAAGAGCGAGCGCCCGGCGGGCGUCCCCACCCGGAGCCGGCCUCGCUCCGCACGCCAAAGAGCCGCCGCCGCCGCCACCCCAGCUCCAGCUCCAGAGUCCUAGACCCCCUGGAGGUCUAGCGUGACCCCCCCGCCUCUUCACAGAAACCCCUCCUCAUCCUCACUGGACACUUUACUCCGCCCGGGCGGACGCUCGGCCUCAAAGGGAAAAGCCAUCCGCCAUCGUUCUGUCCACCGGCGCCUGAUGGGAGGAGCCGUCGUCCUCCUUCCACCACUCGAGUCUGAGCAGCAGGAGGGCUACUUCACAGGAAGUAGUCAGAUUACUGUUAGAAACCAGCUCACCUCUCAUAUUUCACGCUGCUGAACUGAAGCAGCGCUGUGAACUCUGUCUUCGAAACACGAUGAAGUGCAAUGAGCGUGAAGUCCAGGCCGUCGUCUUAGUGUUUCUCACUCGGUUUGAGAAGAAAAAAAAUCCCAAAGGAAUAACGAGGAGUGACGGACUCCAUUCCAGCUGUUUCAGACCGCUUCCGUUUUCUAGAUCUGUACUUGAAGAGUCGGGAGAGGGUCGACAGGAGCGAGUCCCGUGCCUCUGUACCAGUGCCUGUUCACUCGGCAUCUCCUCUCCGCCCCUCAGAGUCCAACUCUCUCGCACCUUUUUAUCAUUUUACUUCAGAAUAAACGAUGCCUGAGAGUCC